AUGUAAAACAGUUAAUAAUAGCUUAAUAUGCCUUAAUCAAGAAUGGUUGGCGAUCCUGCCUAAUCCUAAUAUUUACAAAAUUCAAUGGCUCAAGAUCCUUAAUUUUUAAGUUAUUAAAAUUACAGAAAUGAAAUUCAAGAGGAAGGAGAAAUUGUAGCUGAAACAGCGAAAUUAAGAAAAUUAUAUUUCCUUAUGUUACUUCAAUUCUUCAUAGUGAUUGUGUUUAGUUAUGUAGACUUAUUAUAAAUCAUAAUAGCUUCGUUCAGAGUCUUUAGAAAAUUAUUUUUAAAAGAAUUCUUAUUGGAUAAUUAUUCUUUCAAUUGGAUGCAUUUUGCUAUCAUUAUCUGCAUAAUUUACUAAUCCUGAGAAUACUGCUGUAAAUGUAGUACUCUAUGUACUAUUUACAAUAGCAUUAUAUUUCUUUUUUAUAUCAUUGACUGCAAUUACAAAUAUUGAGUAAUCUAUGAUGGGAGCUUUCAUGAUUUUUGGAUAAGUAAUUUAUACAAUUUUAUAAUUUUGAAGAUAUUUUCACAGUUUUUAUCAGUAAUGUAAAGCAGAAUUGAGAUGUAUUAUCAUUAAUAAUCUCUUUAUGUAUUGGCAGGUGGACUUAUUAUAUUUUAAUUGUUUAUCAUUUAUUCAAUAAUACCAUUUUUUGAAAUGAUUAUUACAUUAGUAUCAGGAAUAGUAUUUGGGUAUAAUUUAAAUUGAAUAUACUAGUUUUUUACUUAUUUAUAGUACUUAAAGCAAUAUAAGUUAAAUAAAAUCAGGUUCUGUAAAUGGAAGUGUAAGAGUCUAUGUUGAUUUACUCAAAGUGUUUUUAUAUUUAAAUUCUUUAAUGGCAGAUUUAUUUAGAAAAGAAAAACCAAUAGAUAAAUGA